AUUGAGAACUAUGGCAUUCCUUCAGAUCUUUCUCUGUCUCCACGAGAGAGCAUCCAGCUUUACGACACAAUGGUGAAAGUCUGGCAAGAGUGGCCAAGAGCACAGGAGCUAGAUCCUGAGGAGUUCGUCUCUUUCAAGAAUAUAGUAGUAAUAAAAAAGGCAGAUGUGAGGCAAUAUGAACAGGAACUGAAGAAAGAACUAAGCAAAUGGAUUGUGCUUGGUCAAAGACAGAAGGUGAAUGAACUACUGGAGCACCUUAAGCCAAAACCUGUGGAUUGCUCAGAACAUGAAAAGUGGAAGCGUUUUGCAAGCUUUGUUGAUAAAUUACAUGAGAUGGAUAAGUUGCCUGCCAUAUUUUUUAUAUUUAACAUGGAUUCAGUGGAAUGUGCAGCCAGGAAUGUAUUCCUCAAUUUGCUGAAAAAGCAAAGGAGUGAACAAAACCCUAAUACCAAGAGGGAAAAAGAACGUUUAAUGGACGAACUAAGAAAAGUGAAUAAAAUGCUAAUAAAAUUCAACCCUCAGGAUACCAAAAAGUUGAGCUCCAGUAAAAUGGAAAACAUGGUGGUACUUUUGACUACAAAACAACAGUUACAAAAAAGACUUAAAAGGCUAACUGCUAUCCCUCCUCUGUGUACUUAUGCUGAUCCUAAAGCAGUGGAUGAAGGUACUUUGAGGAAGAUUUUUCAUCGGCUUAGGUUUGAGAGAAGAGGUGAUCUGCAGCAAAUGAUGGCACUGAGGGGCAUUGGGUAUCAUCAUGGAUCUAUGACGGCCAAGGAAAGACAAGUAGUGGAGAUGCUUUUCAGGCUGGGAUAUAUCAAGGUAGUCACAGCUACUUCAACACUUGCUCUAGGAAUCAACAUGCCAUGUAAAUCUGUUGUCUUUGCUGAAGAUUCUGUCUUUUUAGAUGCCCUAAAUUACAGACAG